AUGCGUCCUGCAAUUUGGAAGAUCCUUGCUUUUUGCUCAACAAGCUUUGCUAGCAGCAACAGAUCCAACCUCUUCGUCUCUUCAUAUGGGGGUGAAGUUGUUAGUCUUGGAGUGACUGACUACGACGGUCGAUUCUCCUUGGAGAUAACAGACUCCAAUACGGGUUGUGCCCCUAGCCCGGGAUGGUUGACUUUUGAUAGCACUGACCGCGUGCUUUACUGCUUCGAUGAGGGUAUUCUGCGCGAUAAUGGCUCUGUCAGUUCGUACGAAGUCUCGAAGCAGGGCGCGCUCUCUUUGAUGGAGCGAAAAACUAUACCAUCCGGUCCAUCGGGUGGUGUAAUCUACCAAACAGCACUAUCAAAGGUCUUGGCUAUUUCUCAUUACAAUGGCAGUGCCCUUACGAUUUGGAACAUCACAGAUCAAGGCGGCCUAAGCCCAUUACAAGAACUAUUUUUCUAUCAGGAUUCUCCUGGGCCUGGUCCUCGUCAAACUGGUCCACACGAACACCAGAUUCUUCUCGACCCAACUGAGCAGUAUCUUGUUCUCAACGCUUUCGGUUUAGAUCAAAUUCAAAUCUUUGAGAUAGACUCAGAUAGCGGUUUUGUGACUGAGUUACCUUCAUCACCUACGAUCCCAGGCUCAGGCCCUCGCCAUGGUACUUUUUGGUCUCCUUAUGGGAUAUCAAAUAAGACAGAUGUGUCCGAGCUGUACUAUUUCCUCAUAGCAGAGAUCACCAGCGCUUUCACGUCAUACCGAGUGAAAUACAAAUCGGAAGGUGGAAUGGAAUUCCAACAAGUCGCCUUGACAAAUACUUAUGGCGGUGCUUCGGUUCCCCCUGAAAAUGGUCCGGCCGAGAUUCAGCCCGACAACCAAUUUGUCGUUGUAUCUAACCGCAACAGCACGCCAACAUACCACACCUCCAUGAACCCUACAAGCUCCGUUGAAGAAUAUUGGGAUAAUCUUAUGGUUUUCGAGCCCAUGAAUAACGGAACCUUGGUACGCGGAAAGAGGGUUCCAUCUGGAGGGGGAUUCCCUAGAAACUUUGUGUUCAACAAGGCCGGGGACCGAGUUGCUGUGGCUCUGCAGUCCAACCAUCGAGUAGUCGUGUUCGAACGAGAUGUGCAAACGGGGGAAUUUGGUCAAAUUCUUGCAAACAUUACCAUACAGGGAGAGCCAAAUUGCUUGAUAUGGGAUGAAUAG